AUGGAAAGCAGAUUAGCCCAAUGCGCGGCCUUGGGCCAGAAGGACAAGGCACAAGCUUACAUUUCAGUACUAUCAGACAUAUUCUCGCGUCAAGAUGACAACCAGGCAGCACAAGACAUCCACUCUUUGGUUGAUCACAUCGUCCAUCAGGAUAGCUCGACACAUGUUGCAGGCCGACAGGUGCUCUCAGAGCUUGCAAAGCUGCUGGGAGGAGGCGCCAUCAAGGAUGAUGACCUCCGCAAAUCUGUCGUAAAUGACUCCAUUGAGCUGAUAAAGUCAAGAAUCAGCUAUGAGGAUCCAGCGAACGCGUUGCGUUUCCAGCUCGCGGACAUACUGGAGCGAGAAGAGGAGUGGAGCGAUGCUGCUCGCGUGUUGAUGUCCAUUUCACUUGAUUCCAGCCAGCGCGCCAUGUCCGACGAGGACAAGCUCCAGAUCUACGUACGAAUAGUUCGCCUCUUACUUGAGGAUGAGGACUCUGUGCAGGCCGAAUCAUAUUACAACCGUGCAGCUUCACUGAUGCACUCGACCACCAAUAAAGAGACUGUAUUACAAUUCAAGCUGUGUCAAGCUAGAAUCAGUGACUAUAGCCGUAAAUUCCUAGAGGCAGCAAGCCGAUACCAUGAAUUGAGCUGGGUGGGCGAAAUUGACGAAGAAGAACGUCGGCAGAUGCUCCUAGCGGCAGUGACAUGCGCCGUUCUUGCCCCCGCCGGCCCAAAUCGAUCCAGAGUACUUGGUUCCCUCUAUCGCGACGAACGUGUAGCCGAGCUCUCAACCUACAACAUCCUUUCAAAGAUGUUCUUAGACCAUAUCUUACGACCAGCAGAAAUCAAAUCGUUCGAAGAAACCCUCAAACCUCACCAACUGGCCAAAAUCGCCAUCUCCUCCAAUGACCGUCUUGCAUCUGCAGCCAAUGAAGAAGAAACAUCGGAUAGAUCUGUGAGCACCCGAACGGGUCCCUCGACUGUCCUGGACCGCGCUGUCAUGGAGCACAACUUGCUCGCGAGCUCGAAAAUAUAUAACAACAUCACUUUCCGAGGGCUAGGAGCGUUGCUGGAUCUGACCCCUGGUGCUGCGGAGACUAUGGCCCGGAAGAUGAUUGAGCAAGGGAGAUUGCGAGGCUCGAUCGACCAGGUUGACAAGAUCAUAUGGUUUGAGGGUAGCCGCGAAGAUGACGAUGCCCAAGGUAAGGCUGGUGGUCUCGGAGACGUGGAGGAGGCCGAGGACACUGGUGCACCGUUUACCAAGCACUGGGACAUGCAGAUACGAACGACAGCGGCCAAUGUGGAAGUCAUGGUCCAACAUCUAGUCGAGCGAGGACUGGUCAAAGCAACAGCAACAAUGUCCCAUUAG